AUGGCCGCGGGAACUCGGCUGUUUCUAUUGAGGAACAACAAAUCUCUACUCGUUGCCAGUGCCACACAACCUCUAACAUUUUCAAAUCUCAACAAUAUUGUGGCCACUGGAAAUGCCCGUCAAAACAGAGAGCAUGUGCUUAUAUUGACCCCUCUGAAGAAUGCCGAACCGUAUUUGCCACGAUACUUUGAGCUCAUUGGAGCUCUAACUUACCCAAAAGAGCUCAUAUCUAUGGCAUUUUUAGUAUCUGAUACAACAGAUAAGACAAUAGAAAAUUUGAAGCAGUAUGCGAACUCGAGCUCACAAUCGGAUCAACCCUAUCAUAGCAUCAACAUCUAUGAAAAAGAUUUUAAUUUUAUAAUGCCAGAAGGUGAUCGACAUCAGUUUGAAGUUCAAGCUCAACGGCGAAAGUUCAUGGCAAGAUCUCGCAACUAUCUUUUGACUGCCGCCCUUAAAAACGAACAUGUUUGGGUCCUAUGGCUGGAUGUCGACGUUGUAGAGUACCCUGCUACAGUUUUGGAUGAUUUAACGUCUUUGGACGUUGACGUCGUAGUUCCCAAUUGCCUUUUAAAGACGGAUGAUGGUUCUUUCUGGGGAUACGACAAAAAUAAUUGGCAAGAAACAGAGGAGAGCAUCAAUAUGCAGAAAAGUCUCGAUGAAGAUGAUGUGCUUGUGGAAGGAUAUGAAGAACUUGAUACUCGUAGAAUUUACCUCACUGACUUCCCUACACAUGGUGAUAAACUUCAUACAAUACCACUGGACGGUGUUGGCGCCACUUUCACGCUUGUCAAAGCCAUAGUUCACCGAGCAGGUGCAAAUUUUCCUGCGUUUACGUUUCAACAUGAGGUUGAAACAGAAGGCUUUGCUAAGAUGGCAAGAGCCGUAGGAUUUAGUGUCUUUGGCCUUCCAGCUUAUCUAAUAUACCACAUAAAUAAUAGUUAG